AUGACUCGAUCGGUCGAAUGGACAAUUGAGAAUAUUCUCGACGGGGUAUUAACUACACCACAUCAUUUAAUCGAAGAACCGCAAGAAGAAUCCGUCCCACAAAUACAAACGGCUAUGACGAAUAUUGUGCCCAGCUCUUCUAUUCAAAAUUCACCAGAUCCUAGAUUCGAUAUUUCUUGGAGAAGAAUCGUCGAGCCUUGGGGGUCGUUUCUCGAAAUCAUCUGCCGAGUGAGAAGUUAUACUUCAACGACGGAAAGAACACAUGCGAUUAACGGCACGCAGAAGGGCGUCGUCGAGGUGACCAACUGCUUUUGCGUGCCGCAUAAGGAGUCCGAGAGCCAGGUGGAGACCGACCUCACGUACGGCAUGGAUCUGUACGACCUGAAUCACCGGGUCAACGCGCAGGAGAAUAUCGUCGGUUGGUGGGCCACCGGCAACGAGGUCACCACGCACUCGUCCGUCAUCCACGAGUAUUAUGUGCGGGAGUGCAAUAAUCCGGUGCACCUAACUGUCGACACUACACUGGCGAACACAACGAGAAUGGCGAUCAAGGCCUACGUUUGCAUCCCGUUGGGCGUGCCGAACGGCAAGCAGGGCUCCAUGUUCACUCCGGUCAAAGUUCAGGUUCGCUGGAAUGUCAGUUUGACGAGACAAAGUGACGAAUGUACACCGUGCAAUUUGUACAGCACGCAAGGCUGUUGCAUAGAGAUUUGUAGCGUCGCUAGGCAUUUUUGGGGGGCAUUAGCGGGCGUUACUUGGCCCUGCUGGGACAUUAAAAAGAAUCUAAAGAGAUCAAACAAGACAGUAAACAAAGCAAUGCCCACUGGACAUUUUACUGUCGAAUCUUAGUGCACUGGUAGACGUUGGUGUACACGAUUUUGAUUAGCGG